AUGUGCCAGAAAUUUCGCUAUUUAUAUGGUGUCAUUAUGACCAAAGAUAUUGUUGUUGGGGAUGAGUUACCAGACUGGGUAGGAGCCAAAGAGUUUUACCAGAAAUAUGACCCCAAAGAGGUGAUUGGAAGGGGGGUGAGCAGUGUGGUGCGGAGAUGUGUGCACAGACACACUGGGCAGGAGCUGGCGGUUAAGAUCAUUGAAAUAACUGCAGAAAAGAUGAGCGCCCAGCAGUUGGAGGAAGUGAAAGUUUCAACACUGAAGGAGAUUCAAGUGCUCAACACAGUGACAGGACACCCCUCGAUAAUUACACUUGUGGAUUCCUAUGAGUCAGUCACUUUCAUAUUUCUGGUGUUUGACCUUAUGCGGCGAGGGGAGCUGUUUGACUACCUCACUGAAAAAGUUACUCUAAGUGAAAAAGAAACAAGGUGUAUUAUGCGGGCGCUGCUGGAGGCCGUGCAGUACCUCCAUUCCCUCAGCAUCGUCCACCGAGACCUUAAACCAGAGAACAUUCUUCUGGAUGAUCAGGGACACAUUAAACUGUCUGACUUUGGUUUCUCAGUGCAGCUACAACCUGGAGAAAAGCUGAGAGAGCUUUGUGGGACACCGGGUUAUUUGGCACCAGAAAUUCUGAGGUGUUCCAUGGAUGAAAUGCAUCCUGGCUACGGCAAAGAGGUGGAUCUUUGGGCCUGUGGAGUGAUCCUCUUCACGCUCCUGGCUGGAUCUCCUCCUUUCUGGCAUCGCAAACAGAUGCUGAUGCUGAGAAUGAUCAUGGAAGGGCGCUAUCAGUUCAGCUCUCCAGAGUGGGAUGACCGGUCUGACACUGUGAAAGACUUGAUUACUAGGCUGCUUGUAGUGGACCCUGCUGCCCGCCUCACUGCUGAGCAAGCAUUGGCACAUUCCUUCUUCUGCCUGUAUCAGAAAGAAGAGUUACGGACCUUCAGCCCGAGAAAGUCUUUCAGGGUGUUGAUCGUGUCCGUGUUGGCCUGCAUCCGCAUGUACAGCCGCUACCGCCGCGUCCGCCCCCUGACCCGGGACGUCCUGGCCAGAGACCCUUACUCCAUCCGAGGGGUGCGUAAGCUCAUUGACGGCUGCGCGUUCAGGAUUUACGGGCACUGGGUGAAGAAAGGCGAGCAGCAGAACCGGGCAGCUCUCUUCCAAAACACAGCUAAAAUCGUGCUUUUGGGCCUGGAGGACUUUGACUCCUAA